AUGGAUGGGACAUUUUCGGUGCAAAGUUUUGCGAUUACAAACGCAAUCGACCAUGAAGGCCAGAAAAUUUAUACGCCAGGAAGCCAGCAUUUCUUUAGAAAACUUGGGGUCUUGAAAAUAUCGAUAAAUUCUCAAAGCACACAGGAUGUGCAGCCUGAAACAACAAAUAACAAAAAAGAGACGGAUAGAAAUGAGGAUCCACCUGUACUUUGUGAGAAUAUCAAGUUGCAGCUUGUUCUGUGGGGGACCAAGAGAUUGACAGGGCAAUUUAUUGCGAAUGAUCGCAAUCGGGGAUUUGAAAAAUCCCCACCAGAAAGAUAG